AUGGCUGGCGGGGAAGACCGCGAACACGGGGAGCCGGUGUCCGUGGUGACCGUGCGGGUGCAGUACCUGGAGGACACCGACCCCUUUGCAUGUGCCAACUUCCCGGAGCCGCGCCGGGCCCCCACCUGCAGCCUGGACGGGGCGCUGCCCCUGGGCGCACAGAUACCCGCGCUGCACCGCUUGCUGGGGGCGCCGCUCAAGCUAGAGGACUGUGCCCUGCAAGUGUCUCCCUCUGGAUACUACCUGGACCCUGAGCUGUCCCUGGAAGAGCAGCGGGAAAUGCUGGAGGGCUUCUAUGAAGAGAUCAGCAAAGGGCGGAAGCCUACAUUGAUCCUGCGGACCCAGCUCUCCAUGAGGGUCAAUGCCAUCUUAGAAAAAUUGUAUGGCUCCAGUGGCCCUGAGCUCCGCCGCUCUCUCUUCUCACUAAAGCAGAUCUUCCAGGAGGACAAGGACCUGGUGCCUGAAUUUGUGCACUCAGAGGGGCUGAGUUGCCUGAUCCGUGUGGGUGCUGCUGCCGACCACAACUACCAGAGCUACAUCCUCCGAGCACUGGGCCAGGUGAUGCUUUUUGUGGAUGGGAUGCUGGGAGUGGUGGCCCACACUGAGACCGUGCAGUGGCUGUACAUGUUGUGUGCCAGCAUGUCCCGCCUGGUGGUGAAGACAGCUCUGAAGCUGCUGCUGGUGUUUGUGGAAUACUCUGAGAGCAACGCACCGCUGUUCAUCUACGCAGUUAACUGUGUGGCCAGCACGACCGGUGCCCUGCCGUGGGCCAACCUGGUGUCCAUCCUAGAGGAGAAGAACGGGGCAGACCCUGAGCUGUUGGUGUACACAGUCACCCUCAUCAACAAGACGCUGGCAGCGCUCCCAGAUCAGGACUCCUUCUACGACGUGACGGAUGCACUGGAGCAGCAGGGAAUGGAGGCGCUGGUCCAGCGGCACUUGGGCGCUGCGGGCACUGACAUCGACUUACGGGCACAGCUUGUGCUCUAUGAGAGUGCCCUGCGGAUGGAGGAUGGAGACAUGGAGGAAGCUGCCGCUGGAGGGCGGCGGGAGCGCAGGAAGCCCUCUUCAGAGGAAGGCAAGAGGAGCCGCCGGUCUCUAGAAGGCGGGGGCUGCCACGCGCGCACCCCGGAGUCAGGCCCAGUGCCCAGCCCCAUGGGCCCUGCCUCUGGCCUCUGUACCUCUGUGAACCUCUUUCCUGCCCUCUCCGUGGCAUCCUCAGCUGACAAUGAAAGGAGCAUCUACAAAGCCCGGUUCCUGGAGAAUGUGGCAGCAGCAGAAACAGAGAAGCAGGCUGCGCUGGCCCAGGGCCGGGCAGAGACAUUGGCUGGGGCAGUGCCCGAUGAGGCUGAUGGACACCCAGAUGCCCGGGAACUGUGGAGUACCCCUGAACCAGUCCUGAUUUCUGCACCCAGAACACCCCAGAGCCCUGCCCCCCGAGUCCUGCUCAGGUCCCAGAGGAGCCUUGAACCAGAGCCCAAGGAGCCAUUGGCCCCACCAAGCCCCAAGGCUGAGCCCACCCAGGAGUUCCCUAUCCAUGUACCCAGGCUCUGCAUUGGGGACCUGGACUUCUCAGAUCUGAGGGAGGACGAAGACCAGGACAUACUGAACACAGAGACUGUGGAGGCUGGGAAAGGGGUCCCACCCCCACCACCCCCACUUCCCUUGCUCUCUGAAGGCCCCCCACCUCCACCACCCCCACCACCACCACCCCUCAAAGGCCCCUUCCCACCACCUCCACCGCCAGUUGCCCCUCUACCCCCAUCAGCACCUGACGGCCUAGCCCUCCCCACCAAGAGGAAGACAGUCAAACUCUUCUGGCGGGAGCUAAAGCUGGCCGGGGGCCAUGGGAGCGCUGGGAGCCGCUUUGGGCCCUGCUCCACCCUGUGGGCCUCCCUGGAGCCCGUCUCUGUGGACACAGCCCGGCUGGAACACCUGUUUGAGUCCCGUGCCAAGGACGUGUUACCUUCCAAGAAAGCUGGUGAGGGGCGCCGGACAAUGACCGUCGUGCUGGACCCCAAGCGCAGCAACGCCAUCAACAUUGGUCUAACCACCCUGCCGCCUGUGCAUGUCAUUAAGGCUGCCCUGGUCAACUUCGAUGAGUUUGCUGUCAGCAAGGAUGGCAUUGAGAAACUACUGACCAUGAUGCCCACGGAAGAAGAGCGGCAGAAGAUCGAGGAGGCCCAGCUGGCCAAUCCUGACAUACCUUUGGGCCCAGCUGAAACCUUCCUGAUGACUCUUGCCUCCAUCGGGGGCCUGGCUGCCCGCCUACAACUCUGGGCCUUCAAGCUGGACUAUGACAGCAUGGAACGGGAAAUCGCAGAGCCACUGUUUGACCUGAAGGUGGGCAUGGAGCAGCUGGUGCAUAAUGCCACCUUCCGCUGCAUCCUGGCCACCCUUCUGGCUGUGGGCAACUUCCUCAAUGGCUCCCAGAGCAGUGGCUUUGAGCUGAGCUACCUGGAGAAGGUGUCAGAGGUGAAGGACACGGUGCGCAGGCAGUCGCUGCUGCACCAUCUCUGCUCCUUGGUGCUCCAGAUGCGGCCCGAUUCCUCCGACCUCUACUCGGAAAUCCCCGCCCUGACCCGCUGUGCCAAGGUGGACUUUGAACAGCUGGCUGAGAACCUGGGGCAGCUAGAGCAUCGGAGCCGUGCAGCUGAGGAGAGUCUGCGGAGCUUGGCUAAGCACGAGCUGGCUCCAGCCCUGCGUGCCCGCCUCACCCACUUCCUGGCCCACUGUUCCCGACGCGUUAACAUGCUGCGAGUGGUGCACCGCCGUGUCUGCAACAGGUUCCACGCCUUCCUGCUGUACCUGGGGUACAGCGCACAGGCAGCCCGGGAAGUACGCAUCAUGCAGUUCUGCCACACGCUGCGGGAGUUUUCGCUGGAGUACCGGACUUGCCGAGAUCGGGUGCUCCAACAGCAGCAGAAGCGGGCCACAUACCGUGAGCGCAACAAGACCCGGGGACGCAUGAUCACCGAGACAGAGAAGUUCUCAGGAGUGGCUGGGGAAGCCCCCAGCAACCUGUCUGUCCCAGUGGCUGUGGGCAGUGGGCCGGGCCAGGGGGAUGCAGACAGUCACGCCAGCAUGAAGAGUCUGCUGACCAGUAAGCCUGAAGAUACCACACACAGCCGCCGCAGCAGAGGCCUGGUCCAGAGCAGCUCCCCAGUGCCCACAGCAGUGAGGGCCUCCAAUGCACCCCCAGAAGAAUCCCCAGGCUCCGGUUCACCCAGUGACACUUCAGAUGAGAUCAUGGACCUGCUGGUGCAGUCAGUGACCAAGAGCAAUCCUCGUGCCUUGGCUGCUCGGGAACGCAAGCGUUCCCGUGGCAACCGCAAAUCUUUGAGGCGGACAUUGAAGAGCGGACUUGGAGAAGACCUGGUGCAGGCACUGGGACUGAGCAAGGGACCUGGGCUGGAGGUGUGA